UGACGUAGACACGUUUGUUUCGUCACGGUGAUCAGACCUGGACAGUGUUCUAGAAAUUUCCGUCCACCAAGAUAGGCGGCGCUCUCGUACGUUGCGCUUUCAGUAUUCGGGAUAUUCGGGCUUGCUUUCGCUUGGACGCGUGGACAAAAUUUUGUUUCGUAUCGAUCGCGUAAAUUUUUCGAAUCUCUGAGUACGAACUUCCGAGACUACGCAGCAAAAUGUCUCUCUUUGGAUCGUUUAUGGGUGAUGACGAUAUCUUCAAUAUGUUUGGACCUCCUAUGCAUACUAUGAGACAAAUGAACAAUAUGAUGAGCUCCUUCUUCGGUGAUCCCUUUUCAAUGAUGGGACAGAAUGCUCUCAUGCCUCAUAAUAGAGGAACAAAUGAUAUGUCAUUGUCACUGUUUGACCCAAAUUUUGGACGAUUUGGUUUUAGCAACAUGGCUUCUGACGGGAGUUGUCACUCUUUUAUGAGCCAAUCUGUGAUGACCAUGUCCAGCGGCCCUGAUGGACGUCCCCAGGUUUAUCAGGAAACUAUGUCUACAACAACAGCACCCGGCGGCAUAAAAGAGACCAAGAAGACAGUGAGUGAUUCUCGUACCGGAACCAGAAAAAUGGCUAUUGGUCAUCACAUUGGCGAAAGAGCGCACAUUCUCGAAAGGGAGCGAAAUAUGCGUGGUGAGGAAGAAGAACGACAGGAAUUCAUUAAUUUGGAGGAAGAAGAGGCAGACAGCUUUAAUCAAGAAUGGGAAACACGUACGCGACGUGGCGCUGGUGCGAUUAACGCUCCAAAUGCAAUUGCUAAUAACAACAGGUAUCGACCAGAGCCAAGGCAAUUGGCUUUACCAUCUACCACAGAGCAACCUGCAAGUGAACAUUCUAAUAGAGGUAAAUGGUUCCGUCCUAAACGUUCUGUAAGGUCCUUAUUGUCUUCUAAGACAAAAAAUACGUCUUCUUCAAGUAAAUCGAAAACCGCAUCGUCUUCGAGAGCUGAACUUUCGGCGCCGUAUCCAACUGGAUCUCGAAAACGCGAGCAUAAACUGGAUAGCCAACUUUAGUAACAAGCGUCGCGCUGGAUCUCAUAGUGACGACUAGAAUAUUUGAAACAAUUAUCCGUAACGUAUACCGAAUUUUAUUUCCACUAUACAAGAAACCUCACGUAACGAAAUAUAUCUUAAACGGAAACUAUGAAUAUAUGUUCUUAUUAUAAUUUCAUUAACGUUCUCAUAAGAAAAUAUUAUGCGGUUUAUUUUUUUUUUUCUAAAUAUUGUUUACUUUUACUUCUCUCAUUGUAUAAAAAUAUAAUAUCAUUUUUUGAUGUAACUAAUUAAAUUGGUUCACAGUUUAAAGACUAUUUAGGUAGCAAAUCUUUUAGGUUUGAAUAUGAACAUUUAAGUAGAUUCGUGUAUAGAUUUUAAGUUAUUCAGCCAACUUCGCGAAAUUGUUCUCGCCUUUUAAUCGGUCCCAAUUGGCGGGCAUAAAAAGAUCUUUUGUUAUCCUGGUAGAUAACAAUAACUCUCCUUAGUUUAUCAUUCAAUAUUUAUAAUACACGACAUUGUAACAUGUGUCAUGUUUGCCGUCAUUUUAAUCGGAAAAAUCGAUCAAAUAUGACAAAUUUGUAUAAUUGUUAUAUCAUCAAUACGACUACUCGUAUGAUUGUUAUUAAGUAACAAAUUUCAUUUUUUUUGUUAAUAAAUGUUGCCUCAAUGGCAAUAAACAGAGAAGAUACUGAAGCACGACAGAAAACCGAUAAGUUUUUUCUUUGAAUCUUGGUUAUAAAAGGAAUCGAAAAAUCUGCAUUGAGUACCAAGACAAUUUCGUGGAGUUCACUAUAUGUAUGUAUAUAUAUAUACAUAUAUAUGCAAAAAGAAAUUAAAAAAUAAGGUUCUCUGAAGCAGUACUAUUAUAGCAGACAAAUUUUUUGUAUCAGUAACUUCUAAAUAGUAUCAGUAUAUCAAUAUAUCAGUUUUUAUUUGAGUAAAUCCUAAUUUUGCGGGAUGUUUGCUUUUUAUUGGAUAUAUCAAAAGAUUCAAGUUACACNAGGUACAAUAAUGAGGAUUAACUCUGCUUUUUGAAGAAAGAUAAUAUUGAUGUGGAUAUAAUUUAUACAAAUUAAAUAAAGUUCUUCUGAUAUUUAUUUAGUUUCUAAGAAUUAAUGAUAUAAAGGAUGUAGUUUGAAUGUGCAAUGAUAAGCGUAUAUAAUCAGAGAUAAACAUGACACAUUCAUCCGCAGUUUCUAUAAUGUAAUAAAAUAUCUANAAGUGUAAAGGGAAUAAAUGAUAUCUUGUUCCGAAUA